GAAAAUGGCCCAGCAGAAGCGCCUGUAAUGAAGCAAGAGCCUUUACCGGAGGACGCGAAACUUCCACCAGCGAACAGGGAACAGGGACCAGAUUAUAAGUUACACUACACUCUUAGUGGACACACAUUGUCUAUCUCCUGCAUUAAAUUUAGCCCCAAUGGCAAGCUGCUUGCCUCUGGUUCCUCUGAUAAGUUAUUAAAGCUAUGGGAUGCAUACACUGGGAAAUUUCUGUUGACUAUGUCUGGCCACACGGAGGGCGUAUCGGACAUUGCGUGGUCUCCCAAUAGUGAACUUCUCGCCUCUGCUUCAGACGAUAAAACAAUCCGUAUCUGGGAUGUCGAUUCUGGUUCGACCUCGAAGGUCCUCGUAGGCCAUACCAACUUCGUAUUUUGCGUGAACUUUAGCCCAACAUCAAACCUCUUGGUAUCUGGGGGCUUUGACGAAACUGUACGUAUAUGGGAUGUUGCUAGAGCCAAGUGCAUUAGAACGCUCCCGGCUCACUCAGAUCCUGUUACCGCGGUGAACUUCAAUAGGGAUGGUACCCUAAUAGUCUCAUGUUCGAUGGAUGGCCUCAUACGUAUGUGGGCAUCCGAUUCCGGCCAAUGCCUCAAAACGUUGGUGGACGACGAUAAUCCGAUUUGUGGCCAUGUCUCUUUCUCGCCAAACUCAAAAUUCAUACUAGCAUCUACACAGGAUUCGACAAUUCGAUUAUGGGAUUUUACUACGUCGCGAUGUUUAAAGACGUACAUUGGACACCUUAAUCGGACUUACUGUAUCCCUUCUACCUUCAGCAUUGCGAAUGGACUGCAUAUUGUGAGUGGGAGUGAAGAUGGUAAAGUAUACAUUUGGGAUCUUCAAAGCCGCAAGGUUGUUCAAGUUCUAGAAGGACACAAAGACGUUGUCUUGGCCAUUGCUACGCAUCCAAAGUACAACAUCAUCGCGUCAUCGUCGAUGGAGAAAGACCUCACAAUCAGAAUUUGGAUUGACGAAAGCGCUUGUGAUGGUGGCUGACAAUAUUUCGCGUCCACCCAGCCUUCAACAGAUGUCGUGUUCAAUACUGACAAGGGCCAUGUAAGGCGCUGUGGUCCCCGUACUAUUACCUGCGCAAUCAGGGAUAUAUUUUAAUGUACAUUGGAUAACGUUCGUGCAGCCAUUGUAUUAUAUAAUCAGUCUAGUUAAGCGCCAACGCGCUCUAUU